AUGCCCGCAGCAGGGGGGGACACCCCGCCGAGCUCAGCAGCCGCUGCAGCAGCUGCAGCGGCUGCAGCAGAACUCCUGCAGCUAGAGCAGCAAAGGCUUAUUUGUUUGCAGCAAGCUGCCCAGGAUGAGGCGAAGGACUCUGGGGAGGAAGCAGAGGCAGCAGCAGCUGCUGCUGCAGCGGAAGCCUCUGAGUUGCUGCUGCUGCUGCAGCAGAAGGAACAGCAGCUGCUGCUGCAGUCCCGUGAGCUUGAGCAACUGCGAGAAGACUUUGAGGAGCUGAGCGACGACUACGAGCGCAGCCAACGGGAGCAUGAGGUGCAGCAGGAGCAGCAGCAACAGCAACAGCAAGAGCUGCAACAGCAGCAGCAAGAGUUGCAGCAGCACCAGGCUGCCCUGCAGCAGCAGCAGCAGCUAUUUGAGAUCCGAAAGGAGAAGGUACAACAGGAGCUGCAGCAGCAGCAGCAGUUGCUGGAAGUUGAACGCGAAGCGGUAGCAACGCUAAGGGCUGAGCUGCAACAGGAGCAGCAACAGCUGCAGCAGCAGCACCAGCUGCAGCAACAGAGUCAUGAAGAGCAGCAGCAGCAGCAGCAGCUCUUGCAGCAUUUGAAAGAGGAUCUUGAUGCUAAACAGCAACAACUCACAGAAAGAGAGAAGCAGCUUCAGGCGCAGCAGCAGCAGCAGCAGCAGCAGCUAGAGACACAAAAGGAGGAGCUGCAGCAGCUGCAGCAGCUGCUUCAUGAGCGAGAGAAUGUGCUGCAGCAGCAGCAGCAGCAGCUGCAGCAGCAGCACAUGGGGCUGCUGCAGAAGCAACGAGACCUCCUGCAGCAGCAGAAGAAAACAGAAGCAAAAGACAAACAACUCGCUGAACAUGCAAGCAGUGCAAUGAGAAAAGUGCUGCUGCUGCUGCAGCAAGCCACCAACUCUGGCCCAGUCCAGCAGCAGCAGCAGCAGCAGCAGCAAGACGUGCAUGCAUCAGAUACUCGCAGCCCGUCUGAGACACUAACGCAGCAGCAGCAGCAGCAGCAGCAGCCGCAUGAACAGCUACUGCUACUGGCGCAGCAGCUGCAGCAGCAACGAGAUGAUGCUCAGUGGCGCUGCAGCGAGCUGCAGCAGCUUGUGCAGCAACUGCAGCAGCAAAUGCAACAACUCCGAGAGACUGAGGAGGCAGAGAGGGAGCGGGAGAAGCUGCUGCUGCUGCAGGUGCAGCGCCUAGAGCAGCAGCAGCAGCAGCAGCAACAGCAACAUCGGAUGCAGCAACAGCAGCAGCAAGAAAAUCAGAGGCGGUGUAGAGAAGAGCUGCUGCAGCUUUUGCAGGGCCUAAGAACAGACUUACAUGUAGCAGUGGAGCAGCAGCAGCAGCAGCAGCAGCUGCAGCACGAGCAGCAAGAGGUUACGGAGUUGAUGAUCAAGCAGCAGAAAGAGCAGCACGAACAGCACCAGCAGCAGCAACAGCAGCAGCAACAGCAGCAGCUCUUGCUGCGCGAAGAGCUGACAAGAGCAGCCCUGAGACUAGAGGACUUGCAGCAGCAGAUUGCAGCCAAGGAUGCGCAGCUGCUGCAGGAGCUGCAGCAGGGAGAGCAGCAGCAGCAGCUGCUGCAGCAGGGAGAGCAGCAACAGCAGCAACUGCACAACGACCUGAGACGCAAAGCAGAAGAGUUGCAGCAGCUACAAAUACAGAUGGAGGCCAUGAAGCAGCAACUGCAGCAGCAGCAACAACAACAGCAGCAGCAGCAACAACAACAGCAGCAGCAGCAACAACAGCAACAGAAGCAACAGCAGCAGCAGCACUUGAUGUUGCAGCAACUACGCAACGAGCUCAAGGAGAGCACACAGCAGCAAAAGAACCUUCGUGAACAGCUUAAGAAGAAGGAAUCAGACCUGCAGCAGCAGCAGCAGUUGCUGCUGCAGCAGCAGCAGGAGUCACAGAAGCGCAGCGAGGAGCUGCAGAGGCUGCAGCAGCUCCAGCAGCAGCAGCAGAAAGGACUAAAAGCAGAGCUAUCAGAGGCUGCGCAGCAGCGAACUGAGCUGCAGCAGCAGAUAUUACAGCAGCAGCAACAGCAGCAGCAGCAGCUGCUGCAGCUGCAAGAGGAAGCGGAGAAGAGGGAGCAACAGCGCAAAUCACUGCAGCGGCAGCUUGAAUCUCAGUUGCAGCAGCAGCAGCAGCAGCAAGAGCAACAGCAGCAGCUGCAAGCACAACUCCUAGCCGUAACCCAACAGUGCGAGCAGCUGAAGCAGCAGCUGCAGGAGCAGCAACAGCAACAGCAGCAGGUGCAGCAGCAGCAUGAAACGAAGCAGCAGCAACACAAACAGCAGGAGCUGCUGCUGCAACAAGAGCUGCACUGCUUGCAAAGGCAACUUCAGCAGCAGCAGCAGCAACAAGAACAGCAGCUGCAACAUCAACAAGAGCAGGAGCAGCAACAGCAGCAGCAGCAACAGCAGCGCGAGCUUCUGCUGGAUGAGCUACAGAGCAGCAGACAGCAGUAUUUCGAAUUGCAGCAGCAGUUGAGGACCAAAGAACAGCACUUGCUGUUGCUGCAGCAGCAGCAGCAACAGCAGCAGCAACAGCAGCAGCAGCAACAACAACAACACGAGCAGCUACAGCACGAACUCCUGAGGUGUAUAGAAGAAAGAGAGGAGCUGCGAAUUCAACUUGAAGGCAAGAACAGCGUGCAGCAACAGCAACAGCAGCGACAGCAGCAGCAGCAGCACCGAUUAGAAGUGCUGCAGCAGCAGAAUGAACAGCUGCAGGAGACACUGGCGGAAGUUCAGCAGCAGCUGCAAGUGCUGCAGCAGCAGGAGCAGCAGCAACGGCAACAGCCGGAGCAGCAGCAGCAGCAUUCAAAAGAGUAUGAAUUGCUGCUGGAGGAGCACAACUCGCUGCAGCAGCAGUGCAGCACGCUACGGCAGCAAGUUGACGAUCUGCUGCUCCUGCUGCAGCAGCAGCAGCAACAGAAGCAGCAGUCUCCUGCAGCUUGCUGCUGCAGCAGUGACCAGGCAGCGUGCAGCUUUAGAGGGCAUACCUGUUUGUUGAAUGCGAACUGCAGCAAAGGCGUUCCUUGCAGCAGCAGCAGCAGUAGCAGCAGCAGCAGCAGCUGUAACAGCAGCUGCUGCAGCAGCUUGAAGCAGCGGCGGCAAUCCCAGCUGCAGCAGCAGAAGCAGCAGCAGGGGAAGCAUGGCUGCUGCUGCAACAGCAGCAACAAUGGCGGCAGCUGUUGCUGCUUCUGCAGCAAGCGAGUAGAGCCGAACCGCCACAGCCGCUGCAGGAGCAGCAGCAGCAGCAGCAGAAGCAGCAGCAGCAGCAGUGAUUGGCUGCUUGUGUCUGUCCCAGAGCAGCAGGGUUUGCUGCUGCAGCAGCCUCAAGGUGCUGCAGCAAGCAGCUGCAUCAGCAGCCUCUGGUUUUUUGAAUAG